AUGUCUUCCCCAGGAGUAGGAUUAUCGACCGAGGGACCCUCUGCCGGCGGUGGAGCUUUCGAACAUGAAUUACGAGAAGAGGACGAUCCAUUCAGUGAGCAUUAUGUGCCAAAGAGACUACAAGGGGCUUUUCCGGCGGAUACAAACACGAAAAGUAAAGCAUUGGCAGCUGGAUUGGGCAUAGAUGAGGAGGUUGAGGUGACCAGAAAACCCCGAGCUCCUAGGGUCAAGCUCGAUGAGCAUCGACUGCUUUCAGCUGCUGGUAUCCCUAAGUUACGGAAGAGAGCGAAAGAUCAUCUCAAAUUCAAGGGAAAGGGCCAUGAAUUUUCAGAUGCCACCAGACUCCUCCAAUUUUAUCAACUAUGGCUAGAUGACUUAUUUCCAAAAGCUCGAUUUCUAGAUGCUCUCGCGAUGGUGGAAAAAAUGGGACACAAAAAGAUGAUGCAAAGCGCACGAGUAGAGUGGAUAAAUGAAGGAAAGCCAAGAUCUUCAGUACACGAAGACUCACUCUUCGACGAACCUGUGCUCCCGAGACAAGAUGACGAUGGUCGAGAAAAGACAGCUCCAAGAAUUGCGCCAAUAUUUGAAAAAGCCACGACUGAUAGACUAAAGACACCUGUUGCAGAUGACUUUGACGCUUUGUUCGGAGAUGAUGAUGAUAUAUACGAUGCCACGCCAAAGGCUGCCCCAGCUAAAAACGUAGGAGAACCUGUAUCUCAGACUGAUUCGUUAUUUGGUGGUGGUGCUGCAAGCAUUUUCGGUCCUAGGAAGGAAAUAUCUGCACAGGAAGAGUUCCCCGAGGACGACCUUGAUGCCUUGCUGGCAGAAGAAGAUAUGUUUCGGAAUAGCUCUAAACCUACCCCUACGAGCAAACCUACGGCCCCAUCGGAUGAUUUUGAUGAUGAAAUGGAAGCGAUGCAAGGGAUGGAUUGGUAG